CCCGCCUCAUUCCACCGGUGUUUCGUGACAGGGUCGGAAUGUUCUUGUGUGCACACUUUGCAGGAGGCGUCGAUUAACAGCAACGUGAAAGAGCAACACUCGCAUGUCGUUUCAGAGAGAAUUAACGCGAAAAGACAUUAAUGGCAACAGGCGUUUUUGUUCCACCUUUGCCUACCGUUAUCAAAAGUAUAUCAAGGACGCAUUUGGUAACUUAGGCAGCAGCUAUCUUACCUGGAACACUUUCUCAGUACUAUAUACAAGCAAAUCAGUUGAAAUCAUAUUGCAAGAUCUGUUGCAUAGGUUAAGAAAAUUGAUGCUUUGUCUGUAGUAAAACAUGGAAACAACUGAGGUAGGUGAAAGAAAAUCCUGGAAAGAAAUUAGUGACUAAUUAUUGUUUUGUUGCCAAAAGACAAGACUAACAUCAGUAAGGGAGUGCGGCAACACUUUGGAAAUAACAGCCAACGUCGUCGCUCAAGCUUGAAUGUGAUGUGAGAUCGGUGGUGUCGUGAGGCUCAACAGAAUUCUGUACAGAGGCACAUCGCUCUUUCGUUGAACACUUGAAAAUUGUCAGUGGAUUCUGAGACCAACCCUGCAAAAAUAGUGAGGAAACAGCCAUGUCCACACCAUGGGAUUUUAAACCAUUUCACCAAGAGAUUGUGCUGUGGGUUGAGUCAGCGAGAGAAAAUAUCAGCGUUAGUCAUGUAAAGAUGAUGCCCACCUUGGAAGCUCAAGUGCAUAUCAUCAUUCUCUUCCUGCUAAUCGCUAUCCCACUUAACGGUUCCUCAGCGAGCGUCCCGGGCCCCUCCAGAAACACACCGAAUGGGCCCAUCACCAUCACCCCAACACCCAGCCCCAGAACUCAGGGUAGAGGGUUUCUGUUCCCCCUUUCUAAAAAUGGUGAGAGUAUGCGUGUGAAGUCUAUGAAUCGUUGGCCAAAGCAGCCAACUGCAGCAGCAGAAUUGCCCCCUAGGCCGCUGCCUCAGAUAAUGCUGCCAAAGAAUGUGACGGCCAAUGCAUUGAAACCCCCUCUUAGAGCAGCACAGGUAGUGCCACCUCCUCGCAAACUGGUGGAAGUGGAUGUUUGUCGGGGUUAUUAUGAUGUCAUGGGGCAGUAUGACCUCACAUUUAAUUGCUCCAAGGAUGACUUCAUCUACUGCUGUGGGACCUGUCAUUACCGCUUUUGUUGUCCAGACCGCACUCGAAGGCUAGACCAGAACAUCUGCCACAACUACCAUUCCCCUGUGUGGGCCAAUACUGCCCCACCAGCAACCAGGUCCCCAUCACCAGCUCAUCCUGACCUCAGCCGCAUUGAGCAAAGCAACAACACGGUCUACGUCAUUGGUGGAGUUAUCUCCUUUACAGUUGCAGUGGCGGUGGCCAUUAAGGUGGCAUUCCACAAGGCAUCACGACAACCUAGGAACAGAGAACUCAAUAUGCCCAGGGCUCUUGUGGAAAUGUUGCGUCACCAGUCAAGUCCAGUUCAAGAGGGAGAGAGAAACAACAGUGUAGCCCAGGGAACUGGAGGAGGAGAGGGGACACUUGGACGACACCCCAAAAACCUCUAUCCCACACUACAGAGUAAAGAUAACAGAUUGGGGAAUCUACAGCAUAAUUUCAUCCAUACCAAAGGCUCCAGCCCCAAACAUACAGCUACCAUUGAGCGUGCACCACGUAUGAACAACAUGCAGCUUGCCACCGGUGGCACGCUGAAGCCCAGUAAGCAUACUAACGCCAUGAAGCACCAGCCUUCCUUCCAUCACUCCCUACACAACCUGGCUCAGCUGCCACCCUCUUAUGAAGCCGCCAUGAAGCCCGAGAUGAACAGAUACUCCUCUCUCAAACGUCUAGAGAAAGGAGGAUUGGAGGAUUAUUCAGGUUACUGUACCACAAAACGGCGGCCCAACAAUGCCCCUCCCUCCUUCCAUUCUUCCCAGCAUCAUCUUCCCUGGGGAGGUGACUACACACUGGGGGGACGAGGCACACUUCCCACCCAUGCCACUCGUCCUCGAAUACCUCAUCCACAGUCUGCCCCAAGCCACACACCCAAUCCUUACCCUUUGGAUCCACCAGAGACAAAGCAAAACCAGAAUUAUGAUACACUUUCCAAACCACCACGCCGUGUUAAGUCAACCGACCAGCUCCUUGCCCUCGGUGAUGGCAACACAUUAUCAAGGCUCUCCAAGAACCAGCAGCACCAAUACUACAAAGCCAUGGCCACCGCAGCAAAGAACUCCAGUAACCAGAAUACCUUGCAGAAGUCCAAGGACAGGCUGCUAAUGUCACCAGAACAUCUAGAGGAGGUUGAAUAUGGUGAAGGUGGAAGUGGGAUGGGUAUGGGUAUGGGUGACUACCCUGCAGGAGGAGGAGGUGGAAUGGUGCCAACCCUGCCCCGCGUGAGCCACCAGAAAGCUCAAUCACAGCAGAAUGUUUGUGCGACACCAUCAAUUGACCGUCAUCAUAUGAUCAAGAUGAACUCGCACCCAACAUCAGGACGAGAGCAAGAGCGAAAUUCGGCAGCAAUGUCGGGUCACCUGGGAGGAGGUGGGGUUGGAGGAGUGGGAUGGGGCGACAUGCCAGGAACAGGGGUUGUCAUGGGAACAGGAACUCUUGGUGGACACAGUGCCAGGAGGCUCGCAUUUGCAGCAAAAAGGCAAAAUACCAUUGAACAACUUCACUUCAUCCCGGGUGCAGGGGGGAGUGGAGGAGGAGUGGCAACAAACCAAGGGGUUAGAACAGGAAGCAAGAAUGAGGUUACUGUGUGAGCAAGAGCCUGGAGAGGGAAUGAAGGGGAAUUGGAAAAGAAGGGUGAGGGAUAGACUGUGCGAAGAGCUGGAGGAUGGUAAAGGGACUGUGGAAGAGAGAGAGAGUAGGCGAAGAAAGAGAGAAAUAAUGAGAGAAGGAGUAGGAGUAUGGUAAAGGAAUCAAGGAAACAGAACUUGAAGUGGUUGAAACAGAGCCAGAUGGCACUGUAUAUUUACAAAUAUACUGUAUAUUAUAUAGUGGCAAUGACAUAAGAUGAGAUUAGAUAACAACAGUUAUAAAUCAGGUUUGAUAGAGCUUGUUGUGCUUUUAUGUUCAUGAUAUUGCUGAUAUAAUUAUAAUCAAAGUUGCCAUAUAAUACAACUAUUUAUUUGUGUAAAGUUUGCCUAUAACCUACUGCAUAGAAUGUCAAUAGAGUGUAAUAUAAAUUUCACAUGUGACAGAUGAACAGCAACUGACAUUUUUCAUAUAUUUGUGUCAAAUGUUUUAUAUUCUCAGAUAUUUGCAUUAUUACACAUAACAGAUAUAGCUGCUAUGGAGCCAUAUAUUUCAGAGAACAGCUCUUAUCUUAUAAAUAUGGUGGAAACUGGGAGACUAAUAAUUACACAAGCUUAUGUAACAUCUGCAUAAGAGGAACCAGUUGAACAAGGAGCAAUCAUUCCAAUUGAUGAAUUGUUAAGCUUCUUACAGGUGGACAAACACAAGUAGAAUCAACAGGAAAACAUAAAAAAUAAAAAAAAAAGAGUCUGGAGUGCAACCAUAAUGCUGGAUCUUGCCUCUUUUUAACCCCAAUCUGCCUCUACAUAAUGAUGAAGUAUGGCAGGAUUGUUACAAUGUUUGUCAAAUUGAAUGAUGAUGGAACAAUUUGAGGACUGUAGAGAUUUGUUUGAAUUCUAUAAACUGACAAGAAUUAAAUGAAUUUUAAUGACUUUUGAAGACAGAGAAAGCAAGUAAUAGCCUUACCAUAAAUGUGUUUCGCCUGCACCUAACUCAGUGUGAAUUUAACAUGGAUGUACCAAGUGAGACUCUGUUCACUUUGUUUUGUUGGAAUCCUGAAAAUGGUACACAACAAGUUUUAUAUUCUCAAGUUAGCCAUUCAGUAUAUAACUGGAGAUUGCUAUGAACUAUGAAUGAAAGCCAUUAUGGAACACCAUUGGGCAGAACAGCCCAGAAGUAAACCAAGAAAAAUGUCUGACAAUCAUCUUUUUUCUCCAUUUUAAAAAGACUCAUUAUUGAUCAAUGACACUUUGUUUGGAUUCUGAACCACCACUUUCUACAGUGUCCAAGUGCUGAGAUUUGUAAAGGAGGAAUCAUAUGGGACACUGAACUACCAAAAGCACAAGAAAGAUACACUAGAUUCCUGUAAUGCUGGGUAAAUACAUGCCUGUUUAUGCUCCUCUUAUGUACAUUGUGUAGAAGACAAAAGGUUCUCAAUUGUGAACACCUUAAGCUUUUUAAUGUGGAUCAGAGUAAAAAACAACACAACAUUAAGAGCACUCAAGUGUAUUUGUAUGUUAAUAUUUUGACAUAAAAUUAGUGCAUGGCAGUAUCAAGACAAACCUCUUGGACAGCUUUUUGAAUAUCCAUGUUAAAACUGCUGUUAAAACUGAGACUCCACGAGCAGUCCGAGGUUACAGGCAUGCAAAAACAGCUAACCUGAAUUUCAAAUCUGCUGUUACUGAGAUGUGGACACACAACACAUCAUAACUGAUAUCUUCAUAACCAAUAACGCUUGUCAUUAUUAAGGGCUAUACAACACACAUGCAUUAGUGGUACAAAUGUUACCCACGGCUUAUUCAUUAUUACUUAAAUGAUAAUAAACUCAUAAAAGUUCAGAAAGAUAUGUAUGUAGUUAGUAAAUAUUAAAAGAAAAUGUUAAUGUGAGAUUGGUUGCAAAAGAGCCAGCCAUUAUUUAAUGGUUCUAACUUUUGAGAAAUAGACUAUGUCUCUUGAACUUAUUUUACAAAUGAAAAAUAUUCAGUUUACAUAUUAAAAUCACUAAUUGAUCAUCUUUUUGUUAUAGACUUUAUACCGCUUGGUUAAUGUUCAGUGAAAUACAACAGUAUAAGUCACAGACUAUUUGAAUAUUUAUGACUCUCAGUAAAAGUGUUAAGGAGUAGUAUAUAUUAUGUAUGCGUAAGAGGAGGAUUGGUGGUAACACAUUCAUUUAACUUUUCACUGGAACUGUGUGUAUCUUAAUGAAAACUUAAAGACAAUCUUCCUAACAGCUCUGUAAUACAUAUGUGUUUUUUAUUGUCAUUACUAUGACAGUUAAUAUUAUGGUUAUUGGUGAAAUUUAUUCUUGUUGUUAUGGUUAUCUUAUUAUUAUGAUAGUGAUUUUUUUUUAUUUUUAUUCUGUGGUUUUAGUGCCAACUUGUUUUAGAUAUAUUUAUCAUGAAAUUCUUUUGAAAUUAUUAGUAGAAAAUAGAAGCACAAACUUUUUAGCCACUCAUUGUUUGCCAAUUCUUCAUGCAUUCCUAAUGAAGAGGAGUGCCUUCAAUUUCUCAGUGUGAUGUCAUAUUGUAAUUGUUCUAAUCCUGCAAAUGUCAUUACUUGUUGCAGAGACAUCACAAUGGGUUUAUAAAUGAUGUCAUGGGAUGUAUAAUGUAUGUUUGUAAUUGAAUGUCUUAUUUUUGUUGAUUAAGUGAAAAUUCAACGUAUAAUGUUUAUUUCAGGGACAAUUAGAACAGCUGAAUCAAUUUAGAAUUUUUGUCAUAAAAAGUCUGUAGCAAAGUCUGUUCAGUUUUGUAUUCACAAGCCAUAAUUCUGACAAUGUUUAUGACAUUUAUUCACAAGGCAUUUCAAUGCAGAAAAUAACAAACAUUGGAUGUGCAAAUAAAGCCCUGAUGCAUUUUACAAUAUUGGCCUACAAUGGAAUGUCCAUUGGUCGAACAAGCAAGCAGGACGAUGAAAACACCGAGAAAGCUGCACUAAGCUCGUGUGUUUUAAAAUGUUUACGUAGAGAAGCAGAAUGAAUGUUUAGGUAUAUCACUUAAAAUCAACCAUUAAUCCAACGAUGUUUACGUUGAUUUCCUUCUCUAUAAAGUUGUCUCACAUCACAAAUCUCUCUUAUAUACUGAAUCAUCCACUUGAUUUCCAUACAGGUUAAUUUUCUUUUUGUAGAAUAAAACCAACUGAUGAAACUGUUGCCUCAAAUGUCUGAUGAUGUACAUCAAAGUAAAAUAGAAUGUUUAAAUUAUGUAUAAACUUAAAAAAUAUAUAUAUUUUGAUUCAUUACGUUAGCACGUGUUAUAUAAUGUUAACAACCUCCGUGAUUUUUUCCAUCCAGUAUCAGAUUGGAAAUAAGACUAUAUUCCAAGGCAGCCAUUUUGAUAAGGAAUUUGAGCUGUCCGUAUGUAAUAAAAUGGCCACUAAGCAGCAAACAUAUUACUAAAGGAAUCACAGAAUAAAUGAACAGCGAACUUGGUAUAUGAUAUCAGGAUUACAUUAGUCGAGUUGUAAUUCCAGUUAAACUCGUAAUCUCGGAGAUGGUUGCUAGCACGCCAACAUAGUCAAAUUUGACAACGCUUACUUGAAUGCUAAACGCAUAUCUUGUGCAGCUGAAAGGCAAGACGAUUCAUAAAGUUAUUACAAUUCUAUAGAUAAGGAUGCUAACAUUAGAAAUGCGCCGGAUUAGAAGCGUAAAUUCACACUGACGCUGUCGCAGCCACAAAUACAACAGCGAACAGAAGACGAGGUAGCCG